UUAAAUUAGAAUGUUGAGGUCCAACAAAAAGAAGAAUAACUAACAAAUACUACGAGAGAGAGGAAAAUCUUCAACUGUUUCAAAACAAGAAAAGAAAAAAAAAACACAAGGGAAAUAAACCAUGGAAAAGAUGCCCAUAUUCUUGUCUGCACUUUGCAUCUUUUCUAUGGUUUCUCCCACCUUAGAAAUGAUGCAAAGUGCGUACACAAAUAUGGGCAAUAUGACGGAAAGAUGGAGGCUUCUUAGUGGGAGUAACAAUUGGGAAAGCUUAUUAGAUCCACUAGACAAUGAUCUUCGUCGAUACCUUAUUCACUAUGGAGAAAUGGCACAAGCAACUCGAGACGCCUUCAACACCAACAAGCUAUCAAAGUAUGCUGGAAGUUGCAAAUACUCUAAGAAGAACUUAUUCUCUCAAACGGGGAUAGAGAUGUCCAAUCCGUUCAAGUAUGAGGUGACCAAAUAUAUUUACGCGACUUCAUCUCUACAAGUUCCAGAAGCAUUGAUUAUUAAAUCAUUGUCAAGGGAAGCUUGGAGUAAAGAGUCAAAUUGGGUUGGUUUUGUUGCUGUGGCUACUGAUGAGGGGAAAAUUGCAUUAGGAAGAAGGGAUAUAGUGAUAGUUUGGAGAGGAAGUGUUCAGACAAUUGAAUGGCUUAAUGAUUUUGAUUUUAUUCAAGUCUCAGCCCCUACAAUUUUUGGUGAAAAAUCUGUUCCCAAAGUUCAUCGUGGUUGGUAUUCUGUUUAUACUUCUGACGAUUUGCGAUCACCAUUCAAUAAGGCCAGUGCUAGAGACCAGAUACUUGGUGAAGUUCAAAGAUUGGUGGAACAAUACAAGAAUGAAGAAAUUAGCAUAACAGUAACAGGACAUAGCAUGGGGGCAGCUCUGGCGACAUUAAAUGCAGGAGAUAUUGUUUUCAAUGGACUUAACAAGGGAUUUUCAGUCACUGCAUUUCUAUUUGCAAGUCCAAGAGUGGGAGAUGAAAAUUUCAAGAGAAUCUUCUCCAAACUCCAAAAUCUUCGAGCUCUGAGAGUCCGAAAUGCCCCAGAUAUAGUUCCAACUUACCCGUUGCUUGGCUACUCAGAUGUUGGUGUCGAAUUAGCUGUUGACACUAGGAAAUCGGGCUAUUUAAAAAGUCCUGGAGACCAGAGCAGUUGGCAUAAUAUGGACUGUUACUUGCACGGAGUUGCUGGAACGCAAGGAUCAAAAGGAGGGUUCAAGCUAGAAGUGGAACGCGAUAUUUCACUUAUUAACAAGUAUUUGGACGCGUUAAAAGAUGAAUAUGGUGUAUCAGCUUCAUGGUGGAUUGAGAAGAAUAAAGGAAUGGUUCAACAACAAAAUGGAUCCUGGAUUCUCAUGGAUCAUGAAGUUGAUGAUUUUUAAUUCUUUUUCAAGGAAUUUUUAAUAGAUCCUGGAUUUGUGAGGAUAAAUAUAAAACUAGAUAUAUUAAAUGUUAGCGCGAUUUAAUUUCAUGAUUGAUUUGAUCAGUAAGCAUGCAAGAAUAUCUAUCAAUGAAGUGUGCAUUGGCCUUGGUUUAUUUGGACUUAAUAUAAGAACAUUUGACAUAA